UUAGUGGUAACAGUCAGUGACAUACCAACAUUCAAGUGAACCUACUGAAAAAUUUCAAGUCAUUCGUUGAUUUAUAUAUUUGAAGUUAUUCAACAGUUGUUUAUUUCAAAUAAUGGAUGAUAUGGGCAUUAUUUUGCCUGAUAAGGAUGUUGGAGAAAUGGAUUGUAAACCUGUAACUGGACACUAUACUGGUGCUGGAGAUGAGUUGGACGUUGAAGACUUAUAUACUAAGUAUAAGAAAUUACAGAGGAUGUUAGAAUUCCUUGAAGUUCAAGAAGAAUAUAUCAAAGAUGAGCAACGUAAUUUAAAGAAGGAAUAUUUACAUGCUCAGGAAGAAGUAAAGCGUAUACAAAGUGUACCGCUAGUUAUUGGUCAAUUUUUAGAAGCUGUAGAUCAGAAUACUGGUAUAAUUGGUUCUACCACUGGUUCUAAUUAUUAUGUACGAAUUUUGUCUACAAUUGACAGAGAGUUGUUAAAGCCUUCUGCCAGUGUAGCACUUCAUAAGCAUAGUAAUGCUUUGGUAGAUGUCCUACCACCAGAAGCAGAUUCUAGUAUCUCAAUGUUGCAAGCAGAUGAGAAACCUGAUAUUCAAUACAGUGACAUUGGAGGUAUGGAUAUGCAGAAACAAGAAAUUAGGGAAGCAGUAGAACUACCUCUUACUCACUUUGAAUUAUAUAAACAAAUUGGUAUUGAUCCCCCAAGGGGUGUAUUAAUGUAUGGUCCACCAGGGUGUGGUAAAACUAUGCUUGCAAAAGCUGUAGCCAGACACACUACAGCUGCAUUCAUUCGCGUAGUAGGUUCUGAAUUUGUACAAAAAUACUUAGGUGAAGGACCAAGGAUGGUCAGGGACGUCUUCCGUUUAGCCAAAGAGAAUUCACCGGCUAUAAUUUUCGUCGAUGAAAUUGAUGCUAUAGCUACAAAACGAUUUGAUGCUCAAACAGGGGCAGAUCGUGAGGUGCAACGUAUUCUUUUAGAACUGCUUAAUCAAAUGGAUGGUUUUGAUCAGACUACCAAUGUGAAAGUCAUAAUGGCUACAAAUAGGGCGGAUACAUUAGAUCCUGCGCUUUUACGUCCUGGUAGAUUGGAUCGAAAAAUUGAAUUCCCCUUACCCGAUCGUAGGCAAAAACGAUUGAUAUUCUCAACAAUCACUGCCAAAAUGAAUUUAAGCGAAGAAGUAGAUCUCGAAGAUUAUGUUGCGCGGCCGGAUAGGAUUUCUGGCGCAGAUAUUAACGCAAUUUGUCAAGAAGCAGGAAUGCACGCUGUUCGAGAAAAUCGAUACAUAGUAUUAGCGAAAGAUUUCGAAAAAGGUUACAAGAACAAUAUUAAGAAGGACGAAUCCGAACACGAAUUUUAUAAAUAAAAAGGAGAAAAUACAACUCCUACAUGUCCUUUAUAUUUCAUGAUCACAUAUGUAUUGCGAGUUCAUGUACUACUACGAAUCUAAUAAUAUACGUUUACACAAA